AUGGCCGCUGUGCAGCUAAUUGACGGGCUGUCCAGCUUGGGAUCUGGAAAAGGCCAAAUACAGAAAACAGGAAUUACUCAACCAAAGGCCCUCUGGGGUCGGCGAGCCAAUGUAUCGUGGGUUUCGAGUCUCCCGAGUAUGUUGUUGAUGGUCUCUGCGCCUCUUCUCGUACUCUCCAUUUCUGUAGCUCUCACCCACUAUGAGGGCUCAAUUACGAAGGUGUUCGGUGACUUUUAUUCGCAUGGCGCUCUUCCACUGCUUACGCGAUAUUGGCCAACUGUGACCACGCAGGGUGUCAAAGCGUACGUCUCCUGGCUGGUUUUUCAAGCAUUUCUCUACCAAGCCCUUCCGGGGAGAAUUGUGUCCGGCCCUCCCACUCCCGGGGGAUAUUCUCUACCAUAUAAAGUCAAUGGACUAUGGUCUUGGCUGGCAACCCUAAUUGUAUUUGUGGGUCUUGUUAAAGCAGGAAAGCUGGACCCCGCGUUUGUCGCAGUGCAUCAGGGUGAACUGAUAAUUAUUGCGAAUAUCUACGGAUUUUUGAUCACCGUUGGGUCGGUGAUCAAGUGCCAUGUAUUCACCCCGAACACGAGGGAUGUUCGAUUUAGCGGAUCCAUCAUUCACGAUUUCCUGUCUGGAGUGGAACUUAACCCCCGCCUGGGCAAGCUCUGGGAUUUGAAGCUGUUCCAGAUUGGACGUGUUGGGAUGAACAGCUGGGUGCUUGUUGAUCUAUCCUUUGCUGCUUUGCAGUAUCAGAAAUUUGGCUACCUCACAAACUCCAUGGCAGUGGUUAUUUUUCUACAUGCUUUGUAUGUGGUAGACUUCUUCGUCAACGAAGACUGGUAUCUAAGCACGAUUGAUAUUGCCCUGGAUCACUUCGGCUUCAACCUGGCAUGGGGAUCCGCUGUGUGGCUGCCCGUGAUUUACACUACGCAAGCACACUAUCUGGCUUAUCACCCAGUCCAGCUGUCCGGGCUCCAAUGCACACUACUUUUAGUCGCUGGAAUCGCAGGUUACGUGUUAUUCCGCUCUGCGAACCAUCAAAAGUAUCGCACGCGCCAGUCAAAGGGAGCCAACCUGAUCUGGGGCCAAAAGCCUUCCCUCAUUCGCGCAACCUACCAAACCGCUGACGGAUCGUCACAUGAGUCCAUGCUUCUACACUCCGGUUGGUGGGGAUGGGUCCGCCAUCCGAACUACAUCGGGGAUUUGAUUUUCUCGUUCUGCGCGUGUGCGGGCUGUGGCUUUGCGCAUAUCAUUCCCUGGACGUAUUUCUGCUUUAUGGCGAGUCUACUCAUCCAUCGGUCUCUGAGGGACGAUGCCCGUUGCUCAUCGAAGUAUGGUGACCGAUGGAGGGUGUACUGUGAGAUGGUGCCGUGGAGGCUCAUUCCGGGGGUCUUCUAA